AUGUCUGAUAAAGACGACAGAGACACCGAUCGCGCGCAACGAUCGCCCAUGCGUGACCAACGAAACGAUAAGACGGAAACGAACCCAUUCGACGCUUUCCGCCGCUUCGCCGAUGAGCAGGUCUCGUCGGUGCUACAAUCAAUCACUGGUCUCCCAUCAUCCAUAGCCCCGCCGAACCCAGACCGUUGGACCAUAUUCACCGACGACCAUAGCUACAAAAGUAUGGCGUAUCGCCAUCGCCAGGGCGCCAAUGACAAGCCGCCUGAAAGCGACUCCUCCGACCGAAGCGCCGAGAACCCACGCGAUGGGGCUGGCAGGGGCCCAUCCCCGGGCGCCAACGAUCCGCAAGCCUCCUCCUCAUCCCCUAAUCCCAAGCAGCUAGAUGAGACCAACUACCCUCACUCCUCCCAGUCUCUUCACCGGCUUAACGACCACGCCUUCUUCAGCCAUCCGUUCUUACACGCGCAAGCCAGCCCUUCCUUUCUUUCUAUCCCCGGCUUUUUAACCAUGUUCGAUGAAGACAGUAGCCCAUUAUGGCCCCUGCCUUACUUGAUAACGAGCCCAUACUCGCCCCUUCAUUUAGAGCGCAAGGCUCAGAAUUCCUCUCGCUUUACUCCGCGCCAGCUAUUACCUCGUUAUCCGCCUCAGGAAGCAGACUUCCGCGAACCCCAGUGGCGCGAAGCUUUCGAAGACCUUCUUCGCCUCGAGAAUGGAGAGCCUAUGCUGGAUCGCGAUCAUUCCUUAGUGGCGGCCACCAAGAACACUGAAAAUGGAGCUCGAGAGUGGCUCCAAGGCCUUGCGAAGCGGGGAAGUCUGGGGAAGGACUGGAUGGAGGGUGGCAGGAUGAGGUUGACACUGCAACCCGCAAGGCCAUGGCUGAGCAUAGGAGCUCCUCAUGACCAUGCGGAGGAAGAAAACCAAGAGGCAGAGACUGAGCUGGAUCUGUAUGACCGCUUCUUGAAUGAUCUCCAGUCUCUCGAUCGGCAGCUAUCAAAGGAAUUUGCAUCAAGUCCGAUUCUUCGAUUUCUACUAGGGACCGGGGUACAGCCUGAGCAGCCGCAUGAGCUAUCUCGCUCCCAGCACGGGUCGAAUCGAGGCUAUGACCAAGGCACCGACGACACUGAGAGCUGGCUCGAUCUCGUUUCUGGUGGAAAUCGCAAAUCGGUGCCAGAGAAUCCCCCACCCGGUGAAAUGUCUCGGCCCAACGACACGGAUGCGGCCUCGAGGGGGGCUCAUGAUCUAAUUGCCACCAGGACCCAUACGGAACAAAUCAUGCAGCCCGAUGGAUCCAUUCAAACCAAGAAAGUGGUAACCAGGCGCUAUGCGGAUGGAAAGGAAGAGACACAUUCUUCAGUCGAGGUGUCUCAUGUUGAUCCCAAGUCUCGUGAGGCUUGGUCCGACGCAGCCCAAGAACAACCAAAGCGUGGAUGGUUCUGGAGAGACUGA